CAUCGUCCAGCACUGACCUUUAACGUCAUCACCAUGAAAAUUCUGACUCUAUCUGCAGUUUUUGGUGCCAUGUUGGCUCUAACCAGAGCUGUUGCUCUUCUAAAUGACCAGGUUGAACUUGGAACAGGGGAAACUAUUCCAGAAGGACAGAGUCACGCUGUCAAGAGGUCAACAUCUUGCCCCUGGGGUUGGUCUAGAUACAGAGGUCGCUGUUUCAAAUAUGUUCCAACACCUAUGACUUGGACCAGAGCUGAGCAAAACUGCCUCUCAAUGCAUGCAAACCUCGCAUCUGUACACAGCAGUAAUGAGUACCAUGCAAUUCAGCAGCUCAUAGUGGGAAUCACUCAUGCGUAUGACAUCACAUGGAUUGGAGGCUAUAAAGCACAUGGGGGGCGUUCUUGGCUCUGGAGUGAUGGUACAUCUAUGCGAUAUUUUAACUGGUGCCCUAAAGAACCUAACAACCUUGGGCUCAACCAGCGUUGCAUACAAAUGAACUUUUCAGGCGCCAAGUGCUGGGAUGAUGUGCAGUGUUCCAGUAGGCGUCCAUCUGUCUGUGCCAAAUAACUCCUGUGAUUCCUAGGCUGACAUGACGAUGAUAGAGAAACUUUCAACAGCACAAACACUGGUGUAGAGUGGUGUUUGCCUGCACAUUAGCCUCAUAUAUCACCUAUAUCACUUUUAAUCUUUAAUUCUUUUCAUCACUGUAAUGCUACUUAAGGAAGGAAACAACAAGUG